GAUAUGACAGCAGCUCGUCUUCCUGCUACCUACAGUUCAAAAUUGUUUCAGGCAGGAAGUGGUCAGAGUCAUCAGACAAGAAAGCUAACGGAGUUGAUCCCUAGUGAAUAUGUGGAACGAUUGCUAGGAGAUUUCAGUGAACAACUGGAGCGCCAUUCAGAUGGAUGGGGGAUCGGGCUCCGUUUUCUGCUUCAGUGGCAAGGGAUUAAGGCAUUGACAGUGCAUGACCCAAGCAAUGCAACCGAGCGAGAAUACUUUCUGUGCCAGGACCAUGUAUUCAAUGCUGACAUGUUCAGUACUCCUGGUGAUGAUGUCUUUGUUGAUGUUGCACUUGAGCUGUCUGUGAAGGAGGGAGCAGUUAUGUGGCGCUCUGAUGGCCAUGCAGUUGCGCUACAGAGACUACUGCAAAUGCAUCGGACCGAAGCUGACAAGUGGACGCGUUUUGGUUACUACAAUUACAAAAGGGAUACAUGUGCACACCUCACCUCCGUCGCAGGAUGUCACAUCACAACACAUACCACACCGCUUGGACAAUUCAAUGCAACCUUUGUCCAGAUGUACACAACCGAUAAAUGCCUCACCUAUGACAUGCGGGCAAGCAACAAUGCCAAGUUUGUUACAGCAGUCAAUCUGAUGAAGAAGUCGAAGUACACAUACAAUGAGUUUCUUGGGAAACUCUAUGGUGUCUUUGCAGAUGCAGCAUGGCAUAAUGAUGUACAUGCGCAGAUUGAGGCACGAGUUCUGCUGGCUAAUGCAGAAGAUGUGUUCGCAGAUGUGCCAGUUUGGCAGAAUGAAGAGCACAACAUGGACAUGCAACACCGUUACUAUCCAGUCAUCCUGACAUGUCUUGUUGCAUUUAUGGUGAAUUCGCUUCAUGCACGGCCAGAAGAGCGAUCAGGACACAAGAUGUUGAUGCAUGCCAUCUGGCCGCGAACGUACUGGCAGGAAGAUCAUCACAUGAUCCUUCCAUGCACGCGAAAGAGAGACAGGAUGGAUGAGCCAGGACCAUAUGCAGAGGGAGGACUCUGGUGGAUUCCAAGCAGCAUGAUUGCAUGGCCAACAUGGAAUGGAGGUGGUACAAGAAUACCACGAUGCGAGAGUGUCAUCCAAGUGCCCAGUGAGGCAGGUUGGAAUUUGUUGGGCAUUAGAAAGACGCUGAAUGAGUUCUGUUCUGAAGAUAGUCGCAUGAAGCAGCGACAAUUGGUGGAACAGAAGCCAAUGGGCCAGGUCAUAGGGUGCACGAGGAAAGCCAAGAGUCAACCUGAGGAGCCAAUGCUGAAGACAGAAAGGCUAGCUCGACAGAUAGAAAUGCCAGAAAAAUCAUAUGACUAUGGGCCCGAUCUGCCACCAGAGGACCAGAUAUAUGACAAACAAUAUCCGGGGCAUGCUGGGACAUUUCUGAAUCAAGUACUACAGCAAUAUGUGUCUGACAUGCUGCAGAAGGUUGGACAGGCGAAAUGUGGAUGGGAGCAUUCUCCUCUGACACAGAAUGAACGGCAGAUGGUCGACAUCCGUAUCAUGAAAGAAAAUGAUCUUGGAGGAGUGUUGACACAUGCACGAAUGCAUGAAGGAACAGAGAGCCAGUGGGAUUCACUGUUUGACAACAUCUUCUGGACUCCGAAUGAACUGAAUGCGAGGAAAUGA